AUGGCCAUGUUUAGCCUGGAGCAGGAUGAGGAGCUCCUGGUGGACAGUGAGGAUCUGACUAGUUGCUACAACCUGUUUGCCUUACCCCAAGCCUGGGUGUCCUUUAUGGCCUUUGGAAAAGCGGUGGACUCCUCCGUGUUUGGGCUAGCACCGGGGGAACCGAUGUACCCGGCCAUGGCGGUCAUACCAAUGGGCUGGUUGUCGUCGGUGUUGCUGACCCAGGCUAUUGUGCGGCACUUGGUGUUUGACUUGAGCGGGGUGCCGCGGGACACCGAGGUGCGGAAGACGGCAGAAUUUCCUGCCGGUGACCGGGUCAGUGUCAUUUCCAAGUCCUUUCACGAGCUCCGGAAGGUGAGCAGAGGAUGCCGAGCGGUCCUAGAGGGCCAAAUGUCAGAGUAUCACCAGGCGUUCAAAGCCACGUGCGAUCGCCUUGGUCUUCCCCUCAAUGAAGGCAAACGGGUGGUUGCGGCAACCGAGGGAGCGCCCUUGAUGUCAUUGCUGGAGGUGGUAUUCAAUGACAUCGUGCUGGCUCAAGCGGGGCCACUGGCGCUGAGUGCCGCCACCCGUGAUGAAAUCACCGCAGUGUUGGCGCUCAUACCCUUAAUGAGCAUGAACUUGAGGACUGCGCUGACAGUGACUGAUGCCUCGCCGACAGGAGGAGGCGCUGCCACUUCCCAGGAGUUCAAGCAAGAGCCCCAAAGAGUGGCACAGGAUGGCAGCAGCUGUUUCCAAUGUGGAGGAGAGUUUGAGGAAGAUGGAAGAUUUCCUUGCCCGCCCGACUGCGGCGUUGCGCUCUGUUCGCUUGAGUGCAUUUGGCGUCACCGGGAAGGCCCGUGCAAGAGGAAAGAUCACCCCUGUCCACGGUUCGGGGAGAGAUUCGCUGGGUCCGCGCGGCUCUCUAAAGAAGUGGCUCGCGCCGGCAUAGAGGUCCAAGAACCGUUUGACCUUACUUGGAACCACGACUACUUUAGCCUGGCCGGGAAGGCAACUCUCAAGAGGCUGGAGUCGGAUGAGCAACUGAGGGCAGAGCAUUGGGCGCCCGAAUGCAAUUUGUUCUCCCGCGACAUGAAGGCGCGACUGAGGCGCUCAAACACUAUCGCCAUCAAGGCAUUGAAGCGAGGAGCCGAGUGUCAACACCAAGGAAUCUCUCACACAGUGGAGCAUCCGUGGCAUUCGUGGAUGUGGGAAAUGCAACCAGCCAAGCAGCUGGAGCAGGACAGCCACACUUACGCAUGCUCUUCGGCGUGUUGCUUUGGCGGGGCUCGCGAGAAGUGGACGGGAGUACUGGCAAACUCCCAGACGGUGGCCUUGGCCAUUCACCAGCCAGAGUGCCCAGGCCAUGACAGGCUGCGGUCCUAUGAAGUGGAGGAGCGACCUGAUGGGUCGCUGUACUAUCCUACGGAGGAGGAAGCAGCCUAUCCAACACGAUGGUGUUACUGCUAUGCACAAGGGCUUCAGGAGGACUUUUCCCAACAGGGAUACUUUGAAGAAGCAUACCAUCACGGCUGCCUGGCUUGGUUGGAGGCUGAGCUGGCGCAAUCGACCCCCCGGCUGCAAGAGUGUGACCUCAAGUCACGGGCCAGUCAGGCUCUGUUUGCAGUCGAAGAAGACAUGAAGCGGGGAAUGGAAAAGGAUCACCUGGCAGUCAUGGCCCGCCGUGAGCACAUCAACUACCUCGAGAUGCGAGCUUUCAUGGCAAUGCUGCGCCGGAGAGUUCGACGGGAGCAACUGCGCGCUACCCGCUAUGUCCAUAUUGUGGACUCUGCUGUGACCCGUGGAGCAGUCGCCAAGGGCCGCUCCUCCUCCAAGCGCAUCAACGCGCUGCUGCGGCGAAUUUGUGCCAUGUGCCUGGCUUCUGACACUUACCCCCUGGUAGCCUGGACCAUCAGCCGAUGGAACUUCGCAGACCUCGCCUGCAGGAAGGAGAUUCCCUCGCCGCCGCUGGGCCAACGGAGUAUUAAUGUGGUGCUUCCCUUCAGCAAGACCUCUCAAGGUAACCCCCAGGUGUUACGGGUCGAUGACCCUGUGGCAGUGGCGCUCGUGCGACGCUGGGCUAACGGCCGAGUGGCCAAAAUCUACAUCGAUGAUGGGGCGUUAACCUUGGCCGAAAUGCGAUGGACGCAUCGUCAAAAACGGUUCUGGUGGCAUAGGAGCAAAACCAUCUUCUGGAGCGGGCCCAUGGGUGUCUACGAGAUGAAGGUCAUCGGUGGAGGCGAAAGCGUUAUUGAGCAGAUCCAGGAAAUGCACAUUGUCUGCGCCGAUCGCGAUGAAGAGCCAGACAAGAUCUUCGUGUGGAACCACCUGAGGGCUGAGGUGGAUGAGCUUCGGCUGCUGUGA